AUGGCCAGAUUCAUUCAAGCGAACUACAUGGGCUAUGGUGGCUUCCACCACUUUGUCGCUGGCAAUGGUAUCUCAUACCAACCAGCCAACUACCAGGUCCGCACUCUAGUCCCACACCCUCCGUAUCAAUACGGAUAUGCUCCUGCAACAGAGCUGGUCUCUGCCGAGCGCGCGGUGCCCAGCACCAUGGACCCCUCCCUGUCUUCUGGCCGCACCGCCGACCAGAAAGUCCUCUACGGCGACCCGGCUAUCCUCUACUCGCUCCCCAGGGUGCCCGAGAAGCUGGAUACGGCAGAGCCACUCUUCCGCCGCCCAGAUGGCACUCCCAUCAACACCCGUGCCGGUCGACCAACAACAGUUGACCCGCAUUUCGCUAGCCUGGUCGCGAUGCUUCGCGCAUCAGCGGCGCAUAGUUCCUCGCCGAUACACGAGAGCCAGCACGUGAGAUCUCUGUCUGGUAGUAGUGUGAACACUGGCUACUCCCUGCUGAGCCAGGUUGAAGGGGAGAUGUGGUCUGGAGGGUCGAUGGCUUCGUCUUCGCCAACGGAGGUUGAUGGUGGUGUCCAGUGGAACUCUUGUGAGUUUGGCGACUACCGGGCCGUGUGA